AUGGAGGAGAUGUAUGACUCUGAGUCCCCAGACAGCUCUGCCCCCAGCUCUGCUGCCCCUGCAGGGUGUCUGACCCGAGUUUCCCUGCCUUUGCUGCUGCUUCUCGUCUCUCUGGGCCUCUUCUUUGUGCUUCUGGUGACCACCCAAGUCCAAGUUGCCAGGAUCCACCAAAUCCUGCAGAGGGAGACCCAGGGCCAUCAAAGUAAUUGCAAUCUGGAUGCCAUCUCAAAGGUGCCUGGCUCCCAGGAGCAAAUCCAAGCUCUGAUGCGUUCAGAAGAGGAGUUACAUCAGCUGAAGGCUAGUGUGGCCAGCCUGUGCCGCCCCUGCCCCUGGGAGUGGCAGUUCUUCCAGGGAAACUGCUACUUCUUCUCCAGGACACAGCAGAGCUGGCAGGAUGCAGCUUCCGCCUGUAAGAACGAUGGGACCCAGCUGGUGAUCAUCAACUCAGAGAUGGAACAGAAAUUCCUGCAGUUCUGGGAUAUCAGGAAGAACCAGCGCACCUGGACCGGCCUCAGUGACCACCACAAUGAGGGCUCCUGGCGCUGGGUCGACAACACUCCCCUCCAGCUCAGCUUCUGGAACGAUGGAGAACCCAACAAUCAUGGGGACGAAGACUGCAUGGAGCUGAUUGACGAAGGCUGGAAUGACAACAAGUGUAAUGUGAAGAACUUCUGGAUCUGUGAGAAGCCCGCAGCCCACUGCCCCAACCUCUAUUUGUCUCCCCCUCCACAGAGCUUGAACAACUGUUCUUGCCCUCAGCCCUAA